CGAAUCGGCGUGCACUAGACGGCCGCGAGAAGAUUCUUGGGCCAGACCACCCAAACACCCUAUCAAGUGUCAACAACCUGGCUACCGUGCUGGCAUCCCAAGGAAAGUACAAGGAAUCAGAGGCGAUGAAUCGGCAUGCACGGGAGGGGCGCGAGAAG